GGGAAAAAGAAAAGCGAGGAAAGGGGAUUCUCUAUCUCCAGCUCACUCCACAGUUGCUUGUUCCUUCCCAUUAUCGCUGCCGCUCCAAUCUUUUCUCUCUCUAAAUUCCUCAUACAUAUUCUAUGCCAUUCUUGUUUUCCCUACCAGAUAUUCCAUUUAAUUCCUCUCGAUUUGUUGCUGAUAAUUCCCAGUUUCCCACCAUGAUAUAGUCCCAAUUCACAGUUUUGCCGAGACUCCCGUCGCAAUGCACGAUUCCACUCAUCUCAAACCCCACCUCGACCACCGGCGCCGCCGAGAACCGCCGCUGCACCGGCGCCGCCAUUGGUGCUGCUCCUUCACCAACCCACCCCUCAGCCCAGAUAAUCCGGCCCUCUCACAGUCUCACUCUCUGCGGUCUCACUCUUCGUCUUCUUGUAAACUAAAGACUGAAGUACUACCCUCCCACUCCCCUCUGACCCAUCAGCACCAGAAGCUCCCCCUGGCCCGCCGGAUCCUAUCCCCCGGUCGGGUUUCCCCCAUCUCCGACCACCCCGUAGUUCCCCAAAGCACCUCCCAGAACCAAACGCUCCCCAAAUCGCCGCUGACCCCUGCUGAUUCGGAGAUUAACGCCAGAGAUGAGGCCAAUUUGGGGCUUUUCGACGUCAGGUUGAAUCUGAAGGGGAAGAAUGGGCGAUCCUUGGUUCUGGAGCUGGGUUCGGAUGUUUUGAUCGCGAAUAGCCCUGUUUUUGCGGAUUUAAUCUCUGACCAUCGCAAGAAUUUGAGCGGUUUGUGCAGGAUUGAAGUGCCUGACGUGGAGAAUUUGAAUGUAUUUCGUGAAACGAUUGAGCUCAUGUUCGAGGAGGAUAUUCAAAAGAAGCUCCUCAAGAUUGGAGUUUUUCGCGCAAUUGAUAUACUCGAGGUGUCAGCAGGCAUCAAGUUUGGCAGGGGUGUUUCUUCAUGUUUAAAAUACCUUGAGGCAGUACCGUGGAGUGAAGAAGAAGAGGAAAAGCUGAGGGAUUUGUUCCCUAAACUCAAUGUUGAUGAUGAUGCAGCCACAGACGUCUUAGACAGACUCUUUACCCUCAAUUCUGUUGAUUCCCAACGAACUUUGACUAAGCAUCUUAUUUGGUCUAUUACCAAUUCAACUGAUGCCAAUGCGAGGAACGAGCUUAAGUCUCUGGUUAAAGGUCUACUGUGCAAAAGUUCAGUUUAUGAAAAGGAUUAUCCUGACCUGAAUAAGGAGGAUAUAUUUGCCGUUUGCAAAUCAUGUCUGGGUUCACUUUCCAGUCUGCUUGAGGAGGCCUCCAGCAUCGAUGCAAAUCUAAAGUUCACUAGAAACAAGAAAGAUAGACCUUUGAUAGAACGCAUCUCGAAACAGGUCGACAACAUAAAUUGGCUGCUCGAUAUCCUGCUUGAUCACCAGAUGGCGGAGGAAUUUGCGGAUCUGUGGGCCAAUCAAGAGGAGCUGCUCAAAAUGCAUCGGAAUGCAUCUCCAAUGGUUAGGUAUGAGCUCAGUCGUGUCUCAGCACUGCUGUUUAUCGCAUUGGGCACUAGGAAGCUCCAUUGUCCCUCCGAAACAAGGUUAAAGCUCCUUCAGGUGUGGUUUAGUCCAAUGCUAUCAGAUUUUGGCUGGCUACAAAGGUGCAAAAAAGGGCUUGACAUGAAGGCGCUCGAGGAGGCUAUGGGCCAAGCGCUUCUAACUCUUCCGUUGAAGGAUCAAUAUUCAUUGUUCAUGGAUUGGUUCCAAUGCUUCUCCAAGCAUGGUAGUGAAUGCCCGAACCUUAGUAAAUCGUUCCAAAUAUGGUGGCGUAGAUCAUUUCUUAGGGGGUCUGAAACUUUCGCCAUUGAGUCUAGAUGAAGCUCAUGCUACCAAUGUUUCUCAUGUAGUGAGGUAGCCUAUUAUUUUGUGUUUGAGCUCACAGGAAAGGUAUGGACGUUCAAUAAUGUAGAUUAAACUAUGUAAAAUUUCUGUAGCACUUGUGCAAGUGGUAAUGUAAUCAGAAGCUUAGGGUCCUCUGUUUGGUUUUCCA